UUUUUGAUCAGCUCGCUGACGUCCCCAAUUUCGGUCAUGGUCACGGGCACUAGAAAGUAACACAAGCUCGACUGGAGUAGAUUCGGCGAUAUCCUUUGCUGAUGUGCAACAGUCUGCUCCUCGAGCCACACCGUGUCUUCCGCCAGGGGGCGUUACGAUUGACGGCUGGUUCGUUCGAAGCGGGGGUUAUAUUACGAUCGAGGGGCUCCCCAGUAGAGGGAGUAGAUUUAUACAUGGGUUAUCCCUGCAUCCUGGGCCGGACACGCUCGUGGUAUUUGUGGCGGGGGUUCAUGAAUAUGCACGCUCAGUCAGAUAUGGGGUCACGCGAGAUGGAUGGCUGGCGAGAAGCGGACUGGGAGUAACCUUCUUUAACCUGAGCUAACACCGGGACUCUCUCGAUCCCUCAGAUCUAUCCUGUCACGGCUUAAGCGCAGUAUGGCCGAAAUCCAUCUCAUCGCCACCCUUCGACCGGCUCCCGGUAAAGCGGCCGAGGUACAUCCUUCCCAUUUCCUCCCCCGGUUUGCGUUGCGUCGUUCAUUAUUCACCGAUCUCCAGCUCCGACAGAUUCUCUGCGAAACAGCAGAAAAUGUAGAGCAGCUCGAACCCAGUUGUUUGACCUUCCUUUUGACGGAAUGUCGCCGGCCUGAUGACACCAUAGAAUUCAAGGUCAUCGAACGCUGGGCAAGCCAGGAAGCGCUUGAGCAGCAUCAGCAUAAGAGCUGGCUGCGCACCAUGUACACAGCCUUCGACGAGAGGGAUUUAUUGGCGGGCCCGGAGGAGAUCGAGAUGCUGAAGGUCAUCUCUGGUUUUACCACACGCUAGAACAUGC